GCUGCCAGUGCAUUCUUGUUUAAUGCCGUACUACAUGCGUCUCCUGGAAGAUUACCUGCCAUUGCACAACGACCCAUUAGACGAACGGCGCCCGAUGCAGCCGAGUGCGGCUGGAAUGCACAGCUAUCGUCUGAACAUGAUCAUGAAGGUCGCGCUCGAGCUCUUCCCGGACAUCAUGCCGAGCUGCGGUAUAUGCCUAUUCUCGUAAGACGCAAUGUUCGUGCUGAGUUGACGCUGCGCUAUCAACCUUGACAGGAGUACUUAAGGAUGGACAACAUCUCGCUCAAUAACCAUCUCUUUCCUCUUCGAUUCUCUCUUUGACUCCGAGACUACUUCCUCAACCUUGACUCUUCAUCACGAUGCAACGUGUCUUGCUUUCUGGACUGGCCUUGGUGUCUGCAAGUUCCGUCUUUGCUUCCCGAUUCUUGUACGGAGAUUACCCAGUCGUCGCUCUCUCCUAUGGUGUCUUCGAGGGAUUCACCUCAGGCAAUGUCUCCUCGUUCCUGGGUAUUCCGUAUGCAGACCCUCCCGUCGGCGACCUUCGCUUCAGACCUGCACGCCCGCCGAAGCCAUGGAUCGGCGUCCGGAAUGCUACCGCCUAUGGUGCAGCUUGCCUGCAACAGGGUACCAUUGGUAGUUCACAAGCUGGACAACUUCCGUUCGCUCUACCACCGUUUACGUAUCCCAUCGCGAACGUUACUCCUAUCAUCAAUGAGUCGGAGGACUGUUUGUUUGUCAACGUUCUUACGCCUGCGUCAGCGCAGCAAGAUCACGGACUUCCUGUUUUGAUGUGGUUUUUUGGAGGCGGUUACGAGACAGGAGACUCCUCUUCGUACCCGGGCGCACCAAUCGUAGAGCGUUCUCUCGUCCUGAAUGAGCCAGUGGUCUUUGUCUCGGUCAACUACCGUCUGAAUGCCUUAGGAUUUUUGGCGAGCGCGGAGGUCCAGGAAGCAGGUGCAACGAACCUUGGGCUGCGCGAUCAACAACUGGCAAUGGAGUGGGUUCAUGAGCAUAUCUCCGCCUUCGGCGGUGAUCCUGACAAAGUCAUCAUCUGGGGAGAGAGUGCCGGAUCGGAGUCCACAGGCUAUCACUUACUCAUGCACAACGGGUCUACUCGUGGCCUCUUCCGCGGCGCUGUCAUGGAAUCGGGAUCUCCGCAUGCCAUCUCGAACGUCUCAGACGGGCAAGUCUACUAUGACGAAUUGGUGCAGUCCACGAAUUGUACUGGCGCAGCAGACACCCUGGAGUGUCUCCGACAUGCGCCCUUGGAAGCGUUGUGGGCUGCGGUCAAUGCUACGCCGAGUAUCACUUCCUACCAGAGUAACAACCUUGCUUGGCAGCCUCGCAUUGACGGCAACAUCAUUCCGUACAACCCUUCACGCAUGAUCGAGGACGGUGUCAUUGCAAAGGUGCCCAUUAUUGCAGGGGAUUGCGAGGAUGAGGGUACGAUUUUCGCACUUACGAGUUUGAAUGUCACGACGGACGACGAGUUCCGUCAAUACAUACAAGUGAACUAUUUAUUCAACCUUUCGGAUAGCGAUAUCGAUGAGGUUGCUCAAGCAUACCCGGCUGAUCCAAGCUUGGGCUCUCCGUUCGGAACAGGUUCCAUGUACAACAUCACCCCUCAGUAUAAGCGCAUGGCGGCUUUCAUAGGCGACGUCAUCUUCCAGGCGCCACGGCGGUUCCUUCUGAAGCAUGCAUCAAAAACUCAGAAUGCAUGGGCUUUCCGCUUCAAGAGGAAUGAUGACCCCUACACUGGCGUAUAUCACACCGCCGACAUCCCGGAGUUCUUCACAGACAUCGACUAUAUAGGGACGGAUGCACUGAUCUACUUCGCCCACUACCUCAACCCAAAUGCACCUAGUAAUGUUGCAUCGAACGUCAGCUACUUGUCAAACAUCACGUGGCCGCUGUGGAACUCGUCCAUGGACGCUCCUCCCUUGCUGACAUUCGUCGACCCCGUACCUUCGGUCAACAUCACGGAGGAUACCUAUCGUUUGAACCAAACGGACUUGUUAACUCAGCUCUUUUUACAGGUAUCGUAAGGUACUCUUUGUCAGUAACUUUUCAGACGCCUAAGUACUUAAAUCGUUUUAACGACAUCCCACUCUGUCCACUCCCUGCAAUGAUAUGUAUGCGGAACAUUGACGAUGUAUGACGUUCAAUUGCUUGAGCCGACAUUUUUUAUAU